UCCAGCUCAUGUACAAGUCGAGAUUUUUAGCACGUUGAAGACAAGGCUGCGAAAGAAUGAUGAAGAUUAUUUUACCUUUUCUUUCUCUGAUGGUUACAAGUAGUCAGCUAACACUGGAUGAGUGUGGAAAAGAGGCACGAUGGCCACGGAUCAAUGACAUCGCAGUGCGCUGCGGCACUUCAGCCAUUGAGCUUGCAAUUGAAAUCUGCCCAGUUAUCUACGCUGGCUACAAUGAGACCCUCCUGAUCCUUAACCACAUGUUCGACCCAGUCUGUCGAGCCACCCUAGAUCAAUCUGUGACUCCACCAGUUGCUCGUUUUCACUUUCCACUAAAUAUGACCCACGGCUGUGGAAGCAUAUUCAGGAUCACCAGCGCUCCUGGGACAGGUAUAUUCUCUGACUUUUCCAGCAUUGAGACAAUGAACAUCCGUGGUGUGGUCCAGUCUUUUGAGCCCACAUCAGGAAAAAUUUCCUACAAAACUGAGUUGAUGUACUACUAUUCCUGUUCCUACCCCUUAGAAUAUAUGAUCAACUACACCCAGCUUAAUGUGUCAGCCACCUCUAUCAUAGUCAAGGACAACAAUGGCAGUUUCAUCAGCACCUUGAGCAUGAAGCUGUUUAGUGAUGCCAACUACACCCAACCACUGGUAAUCCCACAGUGGGGAAUUGAACUGAGGACCGAUGUGUAUGUUGAGAUCAAGGCCACCAACCUCACACGCCAGUAUAAUGUCCUGCUGGACCGAAGCUAUGCCACCAUUUCCCCUCUGCCAUCCAACUCCAGCAUCUUCAACUUGUUUGUCUCCUGCUCUAAGGAUCAGUUCACAAACAUGAUUGAGAAUGGAGACAGCCAAAGAGCUCGCUUUAAGUUCCCAGCCUUCCGCUUCAUCGAACACGAGAAGGAGCCUGUGUCCACCUACUACAUCCACUGCGUCAUUCGUCUAUGUGAAAGGAGCACCUGCAGCACAUUCAAGCACUGUGCACAAAGAAUGAAGAGGAGCACCCUUGAUACUUCUGAAGUGGGCAUAACCAAGGCUUACACCAUCAUCUCUCCAAAGAUCAUUACCAAAGCUGAGCAUGUUGAGUCCAAAGAGCAGCCAAUUGUUGUAGAAAAAUAUAAUUCUGAUGUCGGGCUCGGUGUGGGUGUUGGUGUCCUUGCCUUUGCUUUCUUAAUUGCUCUCAUUAUUGCAGCUGUGUUUUAUAAAAGGUUCAGGAAACAUUAAAAAAAUAGUAGGGAAAACAGCAAUCAAGUGUCAAAUUCGAAUAUUUGUAAGAUUUGUGAAUGUGUGUGACGUCUUUUAAAGCAGUCAGAGAAUCCUAAAAAAGCUUUUUGUCUUUCGCAAAGCAACUUGUCAACGUUCUGUCAAAGACUAACCAUUACAGCAUUGAUGAUACUGUUUUUUGAAAAUGACUGUAAAAGCAUUGACUUUGUAAUCUUUAUACUCUAUUUAUUUGUAUUUACAUUGAUGUGUCAAAGCAUAGGUCAAAGGCUCAUGCUUUUUAGGACUUAUUGUUCCUCGUGCAUGUCUGUAGAUAAAGUUAUCAGUGUGCCUGUAGGACAGGGUUACGAGUCCAAGAUGCAUAAAUACAAAAAAAGGUAACAUGACAAUAUAUCCUGUAAAAUCCAUGAACUUGUAUAUUAGCUUGAAAGAAAUGUAGUUUGCACAAUAUCUAAAGGAUGGAAGAGAUAA